GAUCGUGAAGAGUACUUAGUGCCGGUAUUCGCCUCGGCCGGUUGCUGAGGGUGGAUAAGUGAUGAAGCGGGUUGGUCGCGCGCCUCCUUCGAUGACACCAAGUGAUCAAGAUCAGUGAUUCGGUUGCACGCGGCUGUGACGGGCCGGAAUAACGACAUGAUCGCCGCGAUCGUCGUCGACGUCGUUACCUCUUCGUCGUGAAUUUUACGAACUGUGACGAGAUGUGCGUACACCCGCCAAAGGAAUGUCUCGAGUGAAUCCAAUGCGAAAGGAGAGAUUUAAAAAUUUACGCAAAAACUUGGACGUCUACGUAAAGGAGUAAUAGUGAAGUAAUUCUGUUGCACGGGGAAACUUUCUGUACUUUGUGUUGCCGGUGAUAAGAAUUCGUUUAUCACGCGUGAUUAAUUUGUCUUAGAGAAUAUGUAUAGAAUUUUUUACGAAGAUUAGAAAAGAUUAUACAUUUUCGGUGGCGCGUAUCUUUAGAUAUUUAUUUAUAUAGAGAAAAUUUUUUUUACUUAAAAAAUCUCUAUUCUUGUUGUGAACGUGAGAUACAAAUUCUGGUUGUUAAUGUAUAAUCAACAAGGAACGAUCGGUCAGUUAGUAACUCGUAUAAAUUAAUUGUCGUAUAUCAAAUCUUAGACGAAUACGGAAAGAUUAAGAAUGAGAGAAUAGAAAUUGUAGAAUAAUUUCUUCUCUCACAAAUCGCGUGAAAAUGAAUCGAGGGCCAAAAAGAGCCGGUAACUGUCUAAAUAAUUCAAGGCGGCGUACAAUAUGUAUGCGAGUGGAGGAUAGUCGGACGUGCACGAACACUUUGUACAAUUAAGGAACAAUGUUUGAAUGCCGAGCCAAACACCGCCAAUGCGUGAAUACCAAGGAGAUCUCCGUUUCAAUCUGGAGAACACGCAGAAUCUUGGUUAUUCGCGUUAUCUGGAAGUUCAUAGAAUUAUAGUCGCGAAACAAUACGAACAGGGCAACAAAAUAACAAUCUUGAAUAUUCAUACAUACACAUGCAUUCGAUACAAUCAAAAGAGAUUAUAUUUCGCACAAAAUUUAAUCACGCGGGAUUUUAAUCGCAAUUUUUUUCUGAUAAACCUUACAAAAAUCGCGUAGAUGACCUAGAGUUUGUGAAAAACUUGUUUCAAGCGCCGAUUUGGAUAUUCGCAAUGCUUCUACCGCGAGGUCGACUGGGUCGAAAGUAUAUCGAUUUUUCUAAACGACAACUUGUCGGCGAGAAUUUUAAACAGGCCGCGCGGUCCUACAUAAUGAGUCAUAGAAAUACUCUGGGGAUCGGAAUAAUGGCCCCGCGCGAGAGAGAGCGAACGCGGUAACAGACACGAAAAAUGCAAACUAGGAGGAAUCUACGGAGGGACCCUCCCCCCUCACUUUGUAUCCGUCGGAGUAGACUCCGUGCACCGCCGUUCUUUCCGAUGAUGAUGAUGGGAGAAAGAGAGUGAGAAACAGAAAGAAAAAGAAAGAGAGAGACACAUGUGAGCAAACGGGACAUUCCUGCGGUGGAUCGAAUUCUCCUCUCAAUCUUAUGGAAACCAUGGCGACGACGACGACGACGACGACGAUCGGAAAUUCUGCAUGACGCGGCGCCUCGCGUUCGAGCACGUGCAACCGCUGUUGCUGCUGCUGCUUCUGCUGUUAUGUUCGCGGUCGAUUGUUACCUAUUUUCCUGACGGCGCGCCGCGAUCCCGUCGCGUUCGCGAAGCAAUCUUGCUCCACGCAAAAACGAACGGUCGGCAAAUCCGUCACGGUCGACGUGCGUCCGAUAGUUCGCCUAUCGCGCAACGAUCAAACGGGCGUGAUAUAUUAAAUCGCCUUUCAACGGAAACGCGAGGUUCCCGAUGAACAGUUAACUCUGCAUAUCGACCGUAAUAAUAACGCGCCGCGAUCCUCGCAGAGCCGAGAGAGUGCGAUGUUGCAGCAUUUCUAAUACACGCUACUAGUUAGGAAGACUUGCAUGUCGCUACUGUAAAUGCUGCGCGUUAAGAGAAACGCUUCUCUCACGAUUCUAUUCUCUUCGUGUCUUAAUAUCGCGUAUGAUUAAUCGUUAACUAAUAGUACACGCAUUAUUUGUAUUGGCAGCGUACGGAUUUCGUGAAAAGCUUUUCUUCUACUCCAUCAGGGUACGGAAGAAGAGUGCCGACAUGUCGGCGUUGAACGCCGCGCUUUGUAGACGCGGGAUAAUCCUCUGGCUGGCCGCCGUCCUACUGCUGGCGUCACGAUCCACGCAUUCUGCACCGGUAUAUGAUCAGGAUACCACACAGAUCGCAGAGUACGAGUAUGGAGCUACCGUUGGAUGUUACUUCAACUAUCAGCGGUAUCAAGAAGGCGAUAGGAUCAUGACGAGUGAACCAUGUCUGAACUGCACAUGCCACAAUCGAAUGCUGAUGUGCUACUUGAAAGUCUGUCCGUUCACGAAAGCGAUCGGUCAGGAUUGCACAGUGGAGAAACGUCCAGAUCAAUGUUGCCCCGUAAUCACCUGUCCGGAAGUACCGGUUCAACUGUUAACAUCGACGACAAGCGCACCGGAAUCUACGGAGGUUGGUUUCCACGACAAUUACGGCUGCCAUGUCGACGAGAGGUUUUAUGCAGACGGCGCUAUGCUGCCGUUGGAUCAUCACAAUCCUUGUGAGCUUUGCUACUGCAUCAGAAAUAGAACCACUUGUGUCAUGCAAGAGUGUACUUUACGAGUGGCUGGAUGUAAACCGGUCUAUCAACCGGGUGUAUGUUGUCCGAUCAAAUACAAUUGCGAAUAUGAUGAAGAACCUAGCACCACGGUUGGUCCAACUCCUGGUCUCAUCAUGACCACAACACUACCUCCUGGCGUGUUACCUCAAUGUUAUUACGAGGAUAAAGUCUACGAAGACGGCGAUCUGAUUUACUCUACUCAACCUUGCCAGCAUUGCUAUUGCUUCCGAGGCGAGAUUGCUUGCGCGGUGCAAAAUUGCGGAACGCCGAUGCAAGAACAUGGAAAGAAUUGCACGGCCUUACCGCCACCGGAAGGAGAAUGUUGUCCGACCACAUACAAGUGUGAGGAAGGAAUUACUUCGGAAUUACCACUUGACGAAAUGACCGAAUUCCCCUCGAUUGAAGAUCAACAACAGAAGGAUGAACAUUCUCAGGAAACAAUACCCCCAGGUAUCGAUAAUAUUAUACCGCAAGAUAAGGAAGAAGAAGAAAAUAUCGAAGGAAUUAUCGAACACAUUACGCGAGGAUACACUCCGUCCACCGAAUCUAAAGAACAGCCAGCAACCCUGUCGACAGGAGAAAUAGAAACUACUACUGUUGAGAAAGAAUCUAUUCCACCGCACGAACAUAUUACUGAAACUUCUCCUCCUGAUAUAACAUCGGAAAAGGCAGAAGCAGUGGAAGUGCCCUCUGAAAUAGAAACAGAGAAGCCGGAAAUAUCUACGACAAUACAAGAAGUUGAAGAAAAUUUAGUUACUAAAACACCUACCGCUGAAAUACCAGAAGUUUCGUCUAUCGCGCAAGGCUUACAACCAGAAGAGAUAUUACCGACAGAACAGAUAUCUGAAGAACACGUAAGCACAGAAAAGGAACCCACUCCUGCUAUUAUUGAAAGGGGACCUAGUAGCGAAACAACGCAGACCGAAAUUCCGAUAAAAGAAGAAGAGACUACUAGUCCGCAUGAAGAAUUAUCAACGCAGACACAAGAAGAAAUAACUGAAAUAGAAAAGACAACAGAAGAAGAACAUAUUAGCGUGACAAAAGCGCCAGAAAUACCAGAGAUUUCGACUGAAAUCAUUGAGAAGACAACAUUGCCAAUUGAAGAGCCUGGUAUCAGCGUUGUUUCUGAAUCUAUCAGUGAGCAGCCAAAGGCAGACAAAGGUGAACCAGAAACUACUCCAGGGGAACCUUUGACGACAGAAACGGAAUCCCCGAAAGAGGAAAUUGUAACUGUUGCUCAUGAAAUAUCCAGUACUGAACAAAUCGCCACUGAGAAAGAAAUAUCGCAUCCGACGGUAACUGCUGUCACGGAAGAAGUUCAAUCGACUGAAAUAAGUGGUUCUACCGAACAAUCUGUCGAAGAACAGAAACCAAUAACAAGCGAAGAACAACGUCCAGAAGAGACAACAUCUGAGCACGCAAUAAUUGAAGAGCAAGCCACUGUUGGUGCUAAGAAAGAAGAUGCCGGUUUGACUGAGAGUUCAGUGAUGAGCGAGGAACCUACGAAGGAAUCACAUACGGAAGAAGUAUCAACUCCUGAAAUUCCACCUCAAGGUCCAACUGGCAUACCGAUUCCUGAACGAAGCCCAGAACAGAAGGCAGAAGAUGGCGUAUAUCAUGUACCGGAAGAUCACGGUGUUACGCAUCCAGAACUUAGUCCUGAUAAUCUUGUAACUGAAUCUCCACAGAAACUAACGACAUAUUUCCCGCAAGAACAGGAGAUCACGCUAACUCCAUCAGAAGAAACUGUAAAACCGAUUGCGACAGAAGGUACUGAAUCAGUGGAAGCAGCUACUGAAAUAAAUGUAUCAACUCAGGGUAAACCUGAAAUUACUACAAUUUCUGAAGAAACGAAAACAGAAAGCACACCUGCUGUCACCGAAGUUCAAGCUAUCACGGAAUCUUCUACAACCAUUGCUCAGGAAGUACCAGGAGAAAAAGCACCUGAAAAAUCUACUGAGGAAAGUGGUGAAAAAGGUGAAAAAGAAGUGCAACCAAAGAAGGAAGAGGAAAUAGAAAUGCAACCUCCAAUUGCAACGAAACCAGAAAUAGUUUCUGAAACACCGAUAUCUAUUCCAACGGAACAUACGACAGUGCCUUCGGAUCUUGAAAAAGAACAUACAACAGAAGGUGAACUUGUUACUACUAUAAUUCCUUCUGCUGAGCAAUCAACGCACGUGCCACAGGUCGAAGAAAAAGAAACUGAAAUAAUUCCCGUCGAAAAAGAAGAACCAAUUACUGAAAAACCAGUAGAGGAACGUGUUACUGAACAUCCCAUUGCAAUACCAGAUAUAACUAGCGAAAAGGAAAAAGAAUUACAGACUGAAGAACCUGUUUUGAAAGAGGAGCAAACCACGGAAGCGAUAAAGACGAUAGAAGAUAAGUUUACAACACAAAAACCUGCUGUUAAAGAAGGAAUAACCGAGCAACCUGAACAAUAUUCUACAAAGAAAGAGGUUGUUACUGAAAGUCAUAUUCCGGAGGAAAUAGAAGAUACUAAAGGUGCGUCAACAGAAAGUGUUGAACAACAAACUACAAUGAUGACAGAAAAAGAAUCGUCUGAGGAAACUGUGGAAUCGAAACCAACAGAAGUAACUAGCAUCGAUCAAACAGAAUUACCUGAUAAACAUCCUAUCGAACCAAGUGAAAUUGAGAAAGGAGAUGAAGAAAAGAUUUCUGUGCCUGUAUCUACAGAGGAAAUUCAAACAGAAAUUCCUAUUAAAACCGAAACCGCUGAGACAAUGGUGGGAACAGAAAAAAUACAAACUGAGCCUUCUAUCAGUGAGGAACAUAUACCAAGCCAGCCUUCAAUUCCUUCAGACCGCAAGGAGGAUCAGGAAUCUAUUGAACCAGAAUUGCAUGAGGAACAAACACAAAAGCCAGAAAAGGAAAUAACUGAAGAACCACUCAAACCGACAAUUCCUUUUGAAGAAGAAAUCUCUCAUAUUCCAUCUUUGGAAGGUGCUAUAACCGGACCAGCCAAGGAUAGUACAACAGAAUCUAUUGCCGAAGCUGUUACGCCAGAGCAACCUGAAAUAACGAGCGAACAAUCGGAAAAAGUCACAACUGAACUAGGACAAGAGGAACAAACUCAGGAAUCAAUCACUGAGGAACAACCAGAAAUAUAUGAGAGGAAAGAGACAGAAACAUCUAGUCCUGCAACUCACGAGGAGUCUUCUACAACUCACAAAAUUCCUGAAGGACCAGUUGAAGGUGAAAAAGAGGUGGAUGUUAAUAAAACAAUCGUAACCACAGAAAGCGAAAGUACAACAAUACCAGUAUUAGUUUCUGAGGUAUCAACUGAAUUACCUGGAUUUGAAGAAUCUACGAAGCAUGAAAUUCCCAUCGAAAAAGAAAUUACACCUACCACUGAAAUUGAGCAACCGGGAUUAGAAGAAUCCACGCAACCAUCAAUAAAGGAAGAGACACCAAUCAAAGAAACAGAGAGCCCAGCUGAAAUAUCCACAGGUAUAACUCCUGAAACACCUAAAGUAUCCAUUACAGAACAACCACAGAUACCCGAAGAAGAAAUUGUUCAAAAAAUUGGCACGGAGAUACCGGAUCGUGAAGAAAAAGAGAAAUAUUCAACGGUUAUUCCAACAGAAACACCUGAAUUGACAACUGAAAUACUACCAAAAGAAGUACCUCAAUAUAUAACCACAAGUAUUCCUGAGGAAACUUCUGUAGAAGGAGAGAGUACAUCGGAGAUUGUACCUCGUCCGUCGGGUAUUCCAGGAGAAGGUAAUUGUCUCGUUGAAGGACAAUCUUACAGCAAUAAUUCAGCCGUUCCACCGGCAAACGCAUGUCAAACCAGUUGUCGUUGUGUCAGUAGUAUUGUACAAUGCGAACUUGUGCAAUGUCCAGCCCCGCCAGUUCAUCUGUCAAAUUGCAUGCCAAUUCACACGAACGAAGACUCUUGUUGUCCCAUGUAUGCUUGUGAUUCCGCACCGACUGGGGUCGACUUGGAGUCUGGAAGUCAUGUAAUUGAACCCAAAAUACCCGAAACAGGAAUAGAAAGUCAGAAGACUGUUUCACCUACGGAAAUAUCAACUGAAGCUGCGACAGAAUCGAGUACUUUAGCUGGUGAGAUUAGUACGCCGGAAUCACGGCCUGUAGAAAUCACUGUUCCUUCUGUUACUUUGUCUGAAGAAGAAAUAGCAACUGAGAGACAGAAAACUACUCUUGAACCUGUUUAUAAACAGCCAACUACAGGUGGACAACCUUUUGAGCAAUAUCCUGAGGAACAUACCAGUAGUCCAGUACUUGAAACGUCACAAGAAUCUACCAGUCACGUACCCGAAGAACAUACUGUGCCUCCAAUUGUGCCAGAAGAAGCUACAGAAGGUCAAGUUAGCGAAGGUGUAACAGAAUCAGCAAUUUCAACUGAGCAACCACAGGAGGAGACUGGAGAAAAACAAAGUACUGUUAGUGGCGAAAUAAUUACUUCCACACUUGUACCUAUAGAACAGGGACCUCAAGGUACUGAAGAAAUUGUUACGGUUUCUGUGACGGAAGAAAAAGAGACUUCUAUUCCUGUCGAAGUAGAAGAAAUUUCAAAACCUGCUGAGAAAGGAGAAGAAAUUACGACUAUAGCAGCUGAUAAAGGUGAAGAAACUACGUCCAUAGAACAAGAAAAACCAACUGAGGAAAAAGAAGAACAAUCUACGCUUAAACCAAUUGAAAAAAUCGAAAAGAAACCAGAAGAAGAAAAAGUCCCAUUAAAGCCAACCUCUGAAGAACCUAUUACUACUGAAGAACACGAAAUAUCUACAACGCCAGAAGAAAUUGUGACGGAGAAACAAGAAAUUCCAGAGCAACAAAAGACUGUCAAACCAGAGUAUGAGACUACUUCUGUUCCUGAAAUACAGUCGACGACUGAGCAUAAAGUUUCAUCUGAAAAUGAAACUGGAUACAAAGAAGAAAAAGAGCCUGAGACGGUUACAUUAACUGAAACUGUUCAAACUAAAGAACCAGAAAGCCAAACAAAAUUGCCUGGUAUCACUCCAAGUGAAACAGAAACACAGAAGCCAAUUCUAUCUGAAACUGAAUCGACGACAUUGAUACAUGAUUAUACAAUAAGUGAAGAGGCAAUAACAAAAGAAUUUACGACUGUAAAGCCUAUGGAAGUUUCCACGGAAGAAACCACGAAGAUAGAAUUAGAAAUUUCAACUCAAGCUCCUGCAAUUGAAAAAGAGCAUAUUAUUCCUGUUGAAGCCGAAAUUCCUGGUAAGGAAACCACUAAACUAGUCGAAGAAUCUACUCCUAAAGUUUCUCUUGAAGAAACAACAGAAAGUGCAGAAAAGGAAACUACAGAAUAUAUAGAAAAACAUACAGAAUCAUCAGUUACAGAAAACGAAGAAGAAUUAUUAGUUACAAAAUUGCCUGAAGAAAAACCAUCUGAAACUGAAUCUCCAAUCAGUACUGAGGAACCAACGAAAAUUAUCGGAAUUGAUAAAACUACCGAAGCAGAAGCAGAACACGAGCAGCCCAUUGGAACUAGCGAAAAGAUUCCAGAAGUUAUAUCCGAAAUUGAAUCUCAUACAUCUGAAUUACCUGUUAAAGAAGAUACCGCAUCAGAAGUAUCAACAGAGAAAGAACUUGGCGAACAAUCCACUACUCCAAUCAUAAAAGAAACUGAGCCAGGCGAAGUAGAAACUAAACAGCCCAUUAUUCCGGAAGCCGAAACACCAGCUACAGAAAAAGAAUAUAUCACCGUUUCAACUGAAGAACAAACUCCAAAAUCUGAGUAUCCCGUAGAGGAACAGACUGUCUCCUCCAGUACCAGUGAAGAAGAGAUAAAGGAAGGUGGCGUUUCGACAGAAGAGGUCACGUUGGUAACGAGUCAAGAGGAACAAACAACUGAAAGUAUUAAACCAGAAACGCAAUUACCUGGUUUAGCGGAGGAUCAAUCUGUUAUACCUGACAUCAAAAAAGAUGAAGAACAGAAACCAGAAAUCGGAAUAACGGAAAAGCCUAGUAGUGAAGAGCCGAUUACGGAACCAACGGAAGCAGGCGAAAAAGAAAUAGAAGAAGCUGUUAAGGAGGAAACUACAACACCUGCUAUUACAAUAGAGGAGCAUACCAAACAAGAAGAAAUUCCUGAAUUAGUUGUAAAAAUUCAGGGACCAAUGGAGACGACUAUUUCAACAGAACAAAAACCAGAAGAGGAAGGUCAAGUUACUAAAGUUAGUUUACUGGAACAUACAGUAAGUGAAGAAGCAACAACAAUAACAGGUCUGACACCCGAAGAACAACCAGUAUCGGUAAAGACAGAAGAAAAACAAAGUACUAUUGAACCUGAAUAUCAUACAACGUUAUCUACUAUUGAAGAAGAAGUAUCAAAGCCAGCAACUGAAAUUAGUGAAGUCGAGAAGCCUUCACCUGAAGAAGAAACCACUACAACUGAAAGUACGGAAAAGCCGGAGGAACCUGUUACAAUACUGGAAGUAAGUUCAACUGAAAAACCUGAGGAAAUUCCAUCUGAAACGGAAAAGCCGGCUAAACCUGAACAAGAAACAGAGUCGUCAGAAAAAAGUGAAACUACGACAAAAGCAAUUGAAAGUGCAGCGACCAAAGAAACACUACCGGAAGAAGUAAUUCCAGUGGAAGUGACUCCAAAAGUUGAAGAAAAACCGACUGAAGUUUCUACGAUAAAAGAAGAAGCUUAUUCUACUGAACCCACUUAUUCAACUGAAAUAACUUCAAUUCAUGAAGAAGAACAAACGUCGAUUACCAAAUUGCAGCCUACUGAAAGGCCUCUUCCUUCUGAGGAAGAAACCUCCGAGGGAGAAAUUCAGCCUAGUAAACCUGGAGAAGACGAGACUCAUCCAACUGUAUCCGAAGAGAGUCAUCCGGAUAUAACCGAAGAACCACAAUUUACUACCGAACAUGCAUCUGAAGCACCUAUUACGAUAAAAACAGAAGUUGAGGGUCCAGUCAAGGUGUCUAGUGUAAAACCAACUGAACUGCCUGAGGAAACGGCUACCCUUGGAACAAUAAUACCAGAAGAACCUGAAUACCAGAUUCCAAUAAAAUCCGAAGAAAGUGAGCAAUCAGAAACACCUGAAGAACCUGUCAUAAAAACGCAGCCGGUAUCCACAGAAUUACCAACUGGAGAAAUUACAGAAGAAAUACCAGAAGAGGAACUUCAUCCACAUGAAGGCGAAGAGCAUCCUCACUUUGACCACUUCCCCGCAGCUACUGCGAAACCAGAGAUCGAUUAUAACUUCCCUGAACAACGACCGGUGACCACUUUGGCUCCUCAUAUUCCGGAAUAUCCUGAUCAAACUGGAAUAUCGGGCGAGGAUUCUCAUCUCCCCAUACCCGCUGGCUAUCCAAAUCCCGACGACGAUUAUGGCGAGGAUGACUAUGGUGGACCGGGAACUUGCCGAUAUGGCGGCAAGGUCUAUGUUUCGGCGCAACAGAUACCUAGGGACGACCCAUGCGACUUCUGUUUCUGCUUCAGAAGCGACAUCAUUUGUCUUCAACAGAGCUGUCCACCGCCUAUUCCGGGUUGCCACGAAGAACCGAUCAGCGGUUUUUGCUGCCCCAGAUACGAGUGUCCCGUAUCGAUGGCCACAGCUCUUAAUUUGACUACUACCACUACUACGACUACGACUACGUUACCUCCGCACUUUCACGCACACGCUUACAAAGGAGCCGCGAGACGAAGUGGAUGCCAGGUCCGUGGCCAGGCCUAUCGAGUGGGAGAGGUCAUUAAGUCGGCAUCUGGACCUUGCCUCCGCUGCAUUUGCGGAGGUGAUGGAAACAUGAACUGCGACCCGCGAGUAUGCAGUCCGGAGCCGAUGCUGAGGCAAAUGAUAGCCGCAACCACAGAUGCCAAGAGAAGGAGAUGAGCCGCUGAGCUGGAUCACGGAAUUCAUCUCUAUAAAGAAGCAUACAAAAGGACGAGAAAGUCGACAGCAGGAAAGAAUUCAGUGUUGUAUAAAAGUGAAUUAAAAUUGUUCUAAACUAUCGAAACGUCGCGCGAAACACAGACAAUAGUGUGCUUCGGCGAUCACGAACUGAGUGGCCAAAACGUAAACAUUUAUAUUAAUAAUAUUAUAUUAUGUUAUAUAAAAUAAAGAGAAAAAAAGCGAUGGGGGAAGAGGGGGGGGGGGAGAAAAGAAAGAGGCAAUUAUACCGGUCGGAAAAUCAUAGGAAAUUAAUUGCGUAUCAAGGCGUGUUAUCGGUGCUAAUAUGCGAACACGGAAGAAAGAGCCAAGCAGCGUUUAUGUAAAAAAUGUAGGCAAAAAAAGAAAAGAAAAAGAAAAAAAAUUCGUUCGUGAUAAUUCCGCGUUCUGUCUCGCGUGGGAUAUUUUAUACGUGUCCUAAAAAAACAAGAAAGAAGGAAAUUACUGAACGUACGAGACUUAUGACUGUGCCUUUGUCAGUGUCGAAUAUCAACGGCACUGCUUUCGUUUCGGCAACGAGCGCCGUCCGCAGCCACGGUCAUCGUCGUCGGUAUUAAAAAAAAAAACGCGAAGAGAAAGAGAGAGAGAUAGAGAGAAAGUUGCAAUUGCGACUUGUAGGUGACGGGGGUAAAAAGAAGAGACAAAGUGCGUUUCAUAUGACGCAUAAAAAACGAAAAAAAAAA